AGAACCUAAUGUCCACUGAAGAGCAUUCCCAUUUUUCUGGGACUGAUGACAUUAAAACAACCUUGCUGGUGAUACAGCAACUCUGUUAUGUUGCAAAAGAAGCGGACACCACCACCACCCCCUCCACCACCGCGCAGCAGACCUUAAUUACCUCUUACUUGCUUACAAUGUUUGGUUUCCUAAUUAAGCUGAAGCUUUAUAUUGUUCUGCCUUUUAUCAUCAAAAUGUGAAUGCUUCUGGAACCAGUUUAGUUCAUCCUAUUAUUUGACAAAGGGAUGCUGGGAAAUUGGAAUAAGUGUCCCUACCUCUGGCGUUUGCAGGACCCAGGAUGUUACACUGCUCUCCACAGGCUGGUCACUGAGUCUGUCUGCUGCAACGCUUUCUGGACCUCCGGCUGUCUGGGAGCUCCACCGUAUCUGCCAAGAUGAAGUGCGUCCUCGUGGCCACGGAGGGCGCAGAGGUUCUCUUCUAUUGGACAGACCAGGAGUUUGAAGAGAGUUUACGGCAGAAGUUUGGGCAGUCAGAGAAUGAGGGCGAAGAGCUUCCCGCCGUGGAGGACCAGCUCAGCACCCUCCUAGCCCCGGUCAUUAUCUCCUCUAUGACGAUGCUGGAGAAGCUCUCAGACACAUACACCUGCUUCUCAACGGAAAACGGCAACUAUCUGUAUGUCCUUCACCUGUUUGGAGAAUGCCUGUUUGUCGCCAUCGGUGGGGACCACUCAGAGGGCGAGGCGGACCUGCGGCAGAAGCUGUGUGCGCUCAAGUUCCUGUUCGAGGUGCACUUCGGGCUGGUCACUGUGGACAGCCAGCUCAUCCGAAAGGAGCUGCGGCCUCCAGACCUGGAGCAGCGUGCCCAGGUGUGGGGACACUUCCAGAGCCUGCUGUGGACCUACAGCCGCCUGCGGGAGCAGGAGCAGUGUUUUGCUGUGGAGGCUGUGGAGCGGCUGAUUCACCCUCAGCUCUGUGAGCUGUGCAUAGAGGCACUAGAGCGGCAUGUCAUCCAGGCUGUCAACUCCAGCCGUGAGCGGGCCGGCGAGGAGGCCCUGCACGCCUUCCUGCUUGUGCACGGCAAGCUGCUGGCUUUCUACUCCAGCCCCAGCGCCAGCUCCCUGCGCCCGGCCGACCUCCUCGCCCUCAUUCUCCUGGCUCAGGACCUCUACCCCAGCGAGAGCACAGUGGAUGCUGAUGACACACAGCCCACUCCGAGGAGACCCCGAAGCAGCCAAAAUAUCCCUGUGCAGCAGGCCGAGAGCCCUUCGUCCACGGGCCCUGCCAGGGGGAGUUCUAUGGGGACCGACACUGACAGCUUCUCCCUCCCUGAGGAGUACUUCACACCAGCUCCUUCCCCUGGGGAGCAGAGUUCAGAUAGCACCAUCUGGCUGGAUGGGGGCACCCCACCCGUGGAUGCUUCUCAGGUCCAGAUAGCUGAAGACACCCUCCAGACGCUCAUCCCUUGCUUCCCAGCACCUUCCAGCCCCAGAAGGAUUUUCCUGGAUGCCAAAGUGAAAGAUAGCUACUGCCGCAUGGUGCCCCACACCAUGUACUGCCUGCCCCUGUGGCCAGGCAUCCAAAUGGUGCUCCUGACCAAGGGCCCCAGCAGCCCCCUGGCCCUGGUGCUGUCCCAGCUGCUGGAUGGGUUUUCCCUGCUGGAGAAGAAGCUGAAGGAGGGGCAGGAGGCUGGGAGCUCCCUGCGAUCCCACCCCUUCCUGGGGGAUCUGCGCCAGAGGAUGGACAAGUUUGUCAAGAACCGUCGGGGGCAAGAGAUUCAGAGCACCUGGCUGGAGUUCAAGACCAAGGCCUUCUCCAAGAGUGAGCCGGGAUCAUCCUGGGAGCUGCUCCAGGCAUGCGGGAAGGUGAAGCGACAGCUCUGCGCUAUCUACCGCCUUAGCUUCCUGAGCACAGCUCCAGGCCGUGGAGGCCCACAUCUGCCCCAGUCCCUGCAGGAUCAGCUCCGGACGUUCAUGCAAGAAACGCUGGCAGACUGGAAGGACUUCUUGUUGGUGAAGAGUCGGAGGAACGUCACCAUGGUGUCCUACCUUGAAGACUUCCCAGGCUUGGUGCACUUCAUCUAUGUGGACCGCACGACUGGCCAGAUGGUGGCCCCUUCCCUCAGCAACAGUAAAAAGACUUCAUCUGAGCUGGGCAAGGGGCCCCUGGCCACCUUCGUCAGAACCAAGGUCUGGUCUCAGGUCCGACUGGCGCGCAGAUACCUGCAGAAGGGCUACACCACGCUGCUGUUCCGGGAGGGAGACUUCUCCUGCUCCUACUUCCUGUGGUUCGAGAACGAGAUGUCUGUCUCUGCAUCUCUUCUCGUCCCUGGUGGAGGUGACAGCUGCGCUUGGGAGGCGGACACCGUCAUCCCCACUGUGGAGGGGCACAAACUCCAGAUAAUCGAGGCUCCUGUCCUUUCUGAUGACUCAGCUCCUGUUGGCGUGCUGGGAGGAGACUACUACAGGAAGCUCCUGCGCUACUACAGCAGAAGCCACCCCUCUGAGGCUGUCAGCUGCCAUGAGCUGCUCACUCUCCACCUGUCAGUCAUCCCCACAGACGUUCUCGUGCGGCAGGCCAGCGAGCUGGCCCAGCGCCUGUGGGAGGCCUCGCACGUGCCCCUGCUCUAGGCCAGGGCAGACAGCCCAGGUGCAGGCUGCAUGUGCACCCUGGCUCUCCACUUGCCCCCCUGCUUGCAUACUUCCCCCUGUGAGAGCCUCCUCCCAUCCACAGCAGCCACCUGAGGAGGGGGCUGUCCCCAGGGGAGCCCCAGGGUUUCACAAAGAAACCCGCUAGACCAGCUUCCACACUGGUAACCAGCAAACCCCUAAUCCUCUCUGGAGGAGGGGUCAGGGGGUUCCUCUGGUCUCUCAAACAGCAGUGGCUGCGAGGUUAGAGCUGGGGCAGCCCCUUUAUCAGAGCGGCCUCUCCAUUUAUCCCUGGGAGAUGGAAGUCCCAGUGCCUGCGGGUGUCUGAAGGCACCCUCCUGCCUGUGGGUCUCCAGAGAGGAAGUAGCUCCCUCAGGAAACCAUUUCCCUCCCCAGAGGAAAGGGGCUCCAGUGGCUGGGUUGGAAUUCCAGCUCUGCCGCUGCCUCUUUGUGGUGCUGGGCAAGAUUCCUAAACUCAGCCUGUUCGCCCACAUUUAGUGGCUGUGAGGGCUGCCAGACAUGCAGUAGGUACUCAAUAAAUGCUGAUUGUGGUUGUCGUUCAAGCCAAACA